CUCGGUGGGGCCGGGUGCCAUGUGCUGUGCACGCUGCUGCCGGGUGGUUGGGUGUGCGGGUGUCUCGCUGCUGCGAGGCUGGACUCUGCUGGGUGUUGCCGGGUGGUGCCAGAGCGCCGUGUCCCCAGGGCCGGGCGCGGCUGCGGGCUGGGUUCGCGUCGAGCCACGCGUCGGCAGCCAAUAGGAAGGGAUUCCUCCAAGACGCGUGACCUCACUUCCCAAAACGAGAGAAAAUUCAUCCGGUUACAUUUGUCGUCGCCAACAAUUGCGAGCUAAUUAGGUAAGGGGCGAGCUCCUAUGCGGCGCCCGUGAGGAGGAGGAGCGCGAGGAGGAGAGGAUGGACACCCCGGUGAAGGAAGCGUUAUCUGCCGCCAGCGACGAGAGCCCAUUGUUUGACCCUUCCUUUGGGAGCGCGCGUGCACAAACGCCAGAAAUGACCGCGUCCUCCUCCUCCUCCGGGGCCGACUACGACCCGGCCGCCAAAACAACCCAUCAGCAGCACCACCAGCACCAGCAACCCCAUCACCAGCACCAGCAGCAGCAGCAGCUCCAGCCCCAGCAGCAGCAGCAGCAGCUCCAGCAGCACGAAUGGCUGCUCGCCCAGGCGGGCCGCGUCACGGUCAAGCGCGAGUACGAGCACGCGAACGGCGUCGCGUCCAGAGAGGCGCCGGUGGGCUGCAGCAGCGUGACGAAGAGGGCCAAGGCGGCAGCGAGCGGCGGUGUGGACGCGUCGCAGCAGCUGGGCUACGGCUACGUGGAGGAGAAGGGCUCCCCGCCUCCUCCCAACAUGACCACCAACGAGAAGCGCGUCAUCGUGCCCGCGGACCCCAUGCUGUGGAGCGCGGCGCACGUGCGCCAGUGGCUGGACUGGGCGGUGAAGGAGUACGCGCUCGUGAGCGUGGAGGCGCCGCUCUUCCACGCGCUGGACGGCCAGGAUCUGUGCAAGAUGAGCAAGGAGGACAUGGCGCAGCUCACCUCGGCCUACAACGCCGACAUGCUGCUCUCCCACCUCAACUACCUCCGCGAGAGCAGCUCAUCCCUGACGUACCCCAGCGUACCGCCAUACCCAGAGCAGGCAGCACAACCCCCGCCUAAAGCCGAAGCCGGAGCCGCGGUCCCGGCCGUCAACAAAUCCGGAGAGCAGAGGACCCAGCCCGAUCCGUACCAAAUCCUGGGUCCCACGAGCAGCCGACUCGCCAACCCAGGGAGCGGCCAGAUCCAGCUGUGGCAGUUCCUGCUCGAGCUGCUGUCAGACUGCGCCAACGCGGGCUGCAUCACGUGGGAGGGCACCAACGGCGAGUUCAAGAUGACCGACCCGGACGAGGUGGCGCGCCGCUGGGGCGAGCGCAAGUCCAAGCCCAACAUGAACUACGACAAGCUGAGCCGCGCGCUGCGCUACUACUACGACAAGAACAUCAUGACCAAGGUGCACGGCAAGCGCUACGCCUACAAGUUCGACUUCCACGGCAUCACGCAGGCGCUGCAGCCGCACCCGCCGCCCGAGCCCGGCGCCUACCGCUACCCGGGCGAGCUCUCCUACGCGCAGGCCUCCUACCACCAGCACAAGGCGAACUUCGCCGGCGCCGUCCCACCGCCGCCCCACGGCCCCGUCUCGUCGCCCGCCGCGUUCGGCGCCGGCAACCCGUACUGGAGCGCGGCGGCCGCGGCCGCGGCCGCGGCCGGGGGAAUGUACGCGACGCAGGCUGCCAUUCCUCGGCACCCGGGCGCGCACGUCGCCUCGCACCUCAGCUCCUACUACUAAGCCGGGGGGCGCCUUCGCGAGGCCCCCCGGAGGCCGAGGCGAGCCGAUGGCGGCCUUGCCCGUGGGUCACGAGGGGGGCCGCCGCAGCGACGUGCGAAGGGACGAGGUCCCCUUUUCCGCUGGGGCACGUCCGGGGCGAGCCAGCGCCGUACGGGCGGUUUUUCCACUCAUGUUACUUACGAACCGUGCGAGACGUUCCGGCUCAGGGGUCAAGCAGGGCCAGGGGCGGGGCCAACGACGCGUUCGCUGGGCGUGACGUCGCACGCCGUAGGGACGCGGCGUCGCGCGGCUUCUGCGGUGGAAGCAAUAACUGGGCCGGCUCGACUUUGCAGCGGAAAAGCGGUGCCGAGACUGGUGAUGUCUGUGCGAGCAAUAGAUGCGGACGUCACAGAGAACAGCAGUUGAAAUGUAAUCCAUGUGUUUUUUUAAAUGAAUACGAUGCCAUGAUAGUUGGGGGCUAGGGAGAGCGAGUGUUAUGUGUAAACAAAUCACAAAUGAGAGAUGCAAUGUAACACACCAUGUAUACAGAACAGGUAACAUAGGUGAUAAAAGUUGUAUUUUUGUCCGAACCAUCGAGUAUUCCAGCAAAUUGGAUAAAAAUAAUAAGAAUAUUUUUCUAUCGCAGAUUAAAUCGCUGCUGUAGAGUUUGUCGCGCCACGCACCGACUUCGUCGAUGAGCGUCGUUUAGACGCGAGUCUUGUGGAACACCGUCACGUGUCGUUAAGGUGGAAAUUUCUUGCACCAAUAACGCUAUUCUUGUUUUGAUCACCCAACUCGUGAAACCAAAGCGAUAACCGAGAGUGCUUUACACGGAACACAAGCGUGGACAAUCAGGGAUCGGGAUGCGCAUCUCAGCUCAGUGAUCGACGCCAGGGAUGCUCACCCACCAUGGGGGGCACUAUCCAGGGCCCCCCUCCCUCUAUAAGACCCCCCUCACUCCGCAGGGACCCCCCCACUCCACAGGGGACCCCUCAUUCCAUAGCCCCCCCCCCCCCCCCACUCCACAGGGGACCCCUCGCUCCGCAUGUAUCGCCGACUUGAGCCAUGGCCGGGAAUUGAACUCAGGUCAUUGGGCUCAUACUGGGCGCGGUCUACGCCAACCGCUGGUGUAACACCGCUCCACCACUUCAAAUCAAUAUGCAUCUCAAAAUGUAGCUUAGCAGUGCAGAGUCGAAAGCGCAAAUGUAAGAUGUGCUCGUGCGUGGCGUGUGGUGUACUUGGUGCAACUGCGUGGACCAAAAGUAACUCGCCGAGAGGAGAGAGAACGCUGUGCGUUUUGACGGGAACUCCGCGUUCACCUGCCGUGCCUGAUGAAGAAAACAAUUAAGUUAUAUACAAUUUACGUUAAUUAAGGGACUCUCUCUUUCUCUCGUUUUUAUAAAGUUCAUGAAUUCGAGUUGAACUCGGUAAAGUUUAGCUGUUUCACUGGAAGAAAUAUCGCUUUGGAGUUUUUUUUGUGGAAGAAAAAAAUUUCGUCAAAUUCUGAACCGUUUCGCCUAGCGCGUGUUCAGCUGCACAUAUAGCAGUGUAUAUACAAGCACUUAAUCGCAUCAUCCGGAUCAGCUUAAGCCGUAUACAUAUUAGUGUAUUUAUAUUAAUUAUGCAGAAUAAAUGUGAGAUGAUAAGCG